GUUUGCAGUAAUCAGCAUGCGGAUCCCGGAAGACAUCCUUGUCGGGACUACGCUUGGACCAAAACCCUGUUUUCUACUCGGUCACUGUUUACUUCCCUUUUCUAUUCUUACCAGAAAGUUAUUAUUUCAUGAGAACCUUUUCGAUUUUGUGAUCCAACUUGUUGUGGAAGUUGAAUCAAGAUUCAAGCAGUCUAAGAACGCACAUGGGUAUCACUUGCAUCACUAUAUGUCAAUGCAAUUUUGUUAAGGAUUCAAUUGGUAACUAACUUCAACAAUUUGCUCAUUCUUCUUGAUCUCUUCAUCAUUUGGCUUACAGUUAACACUUCUGACUUCACUAUCCAUUCAUGCCCACAAUCUGUUUGUUUUUAUUCCUCUUCAUUGAAAUUGAUUAUGUAAAGUAGUUUUCCAAUCUGUUUCUUUUAACUUUGAAGUCGAUGGGUUUAAAGAAGAUGGGUUUGCCUAUAGCUCGAUUUGGUCGACAAGCGAAAAGGUCAUAUGGGUUUUUUAUAAAGUUCGCAUCAGUGACAAUCUUGGGAUUGUGUUUUGUGUUUGUUUGGUAUAUGUUUUCUCCUUCAGCUUCUUCUCUCACAUCUCAAAGAAGCACUUUUGGUGAAAUGGCAGAACCCAUUUCAGAGAGGGGGCAAAUAAGAAAGAGCAGACCUUCUGCUGUUCCAAUCAAGAAUAAACCCGAUUUGAAUUUGGGAAAGGUGGAGGAGAAGAAAGGGGUUAACGGGUCACUAGGAUUAGAUGCUGUUGAUGGACCCAAAGACAAUAAGAAAGAAGAAAAGGGUGUGAAGAUAGUUAAAGUGAAUGAGAAAGAGGCGAAACAAGUGGAGGAGAAAGGAUCUGAGACUGAGGAUUUGGAGAGUGAAAAUGGGAAAGAAAACGAAGUGGAAGGAGAAAGUGAAGAAGGGAAAGAAGAAGAAGAAGAAGAAAACACAAUGAAUGGUGCUUUAGAUGGUACAGAAGGUGAUGUAGAUCAGGCAGACGAGAGUAUUGAAAUAAAGGCUAAAAGGGGGAAGAAGCAGAAGUUUACAGGUCCAUUAUUUGAUCCAAAGGCCGAGUAUGGCUGGAAAUUGUGUAGUACAAGGAGUAAGCAUAACUAUAUUCCGUGUAUUGACUUUGAAGCCACUUCAAAACGAAUGAAAAGUUAUCGCCAUCAUGAGAGGAGCUGUCCCAAGAAUCCCUUAAUGUGCCUUGUUCCUCUUCCACAUGAGGGAUAUCGUACACCAGUUAGCUGGCCAGAGAGUAGAGAGAAGAUAUGGUAUAAGAAUGUGGCACAUCCAAAACUAGCUCAAUAUGCUAAGACACAAAAUUGGGUGGUGGAGUCUGGUGAAUAUCUCACUUUUCCACAAAACCAAUCUGAACUCACAGGUGGAAUUGCUCAUUAUCUUGAAUCAAUUGAAGAGACGGUACCAGAUAUUGAAUGGGGAAAAAAUAUUCGCACAAUACUGGACAUUGGAUGCAUUGAUUCAAGCUUUGGAGCAUUCCUUUCUGACAAGAAUGCAUUUACGCUUACUCUAGGCUUGAAGGAUGACCUUGUGGAUCUAGCUCAGGUUGCCCUUGAGCGUGGUUUUCCUGCCAUAGUUAGCCCUUUUGGAACUCGGAGGCUCCCUUUCCCGAGUGGUACUUUUGAUACCAUACAUUGUGGAGAAUGUCAAAUUCAUUGGCAAUCUAAUGGUGGCAAGCUGCUUAUAGAGAUGAAUAGAAUCUUAAGGCCUGCUGGCUAUCUCAUUAUGUCAAGUAAACAUGAUAGCAUUGAAGAUGAUGAAGCUAUGUCAAAGUUGACUGCAUCAGUUGGUUGGAAUGUCUUGGCUCAUAAAACUGAUGAUGUUAGCGACAUAGGUAUUAGAAUAUACCAGAAACCAGAAUCAAAUGAAAUAUAUUCAUUAAGAAGGAAGAAGGUUCCUCCUAUGUGCAAGGACAACGAGAAUGCAGAUGCUGCUUGGUAUGUUCCCAUAAAUUCAUGCUUGCAUCUUAUUCCUUCUGCCAUUGAAGAAAGAGGGACCGAGUGGCCUGAGGAAUGGCCCAAGAGGCUUCAGACAUUCCCUGACUGGAUGAACAAUAGAGAUAAGUUGGUUUCAGACACCACGCACUGGAAAUCUAUUUUCGAAAAGUCCUACUUAACAGGAAUGGGUAUCAACUGGUCAACUAUUCGGAAUGUUAUGGACAUGCAUGCUAUUUUCGGAAGUUUUGCAGCUGCACUCUUGCAACAGAAGGUUUGGGUCAUGAAUGUGGUGCCUGUGUAUGCACCUGAUACACUUCCCAUAAUCUUUGAGCGUGGCCUUAUUGGCAUCUAUCACGACUGGUGUGAACCCUUUGGUACUUAUCCAAGAUCAUAUGACCUUUUGCAUGCUGAUCAUCUCUUCUCGAGGCUUAAGAACAGGUGUAAGCAACCGGUAACCAUAGUCGUUGAGAUGGAUCGCAUAUUAAGACCUGGCGGUUGGGCAAUCAUACGUGACAAAGGAGAGAUUCUUAAACCUUUAGAAGCAAUCUUUAGAAGUUUAAACUGGGAGAUCCGUAUGACGUUUGUUCAGAACAAGGAGGGCAUUCUAUGCAUCCAAAAGACCAUUUGGCGACCUUGAAGUUGCGGUUUGCAGAUGUUGGUACGCAAUUAACACGAACCGAUUGCUGCAUUUUGAGCAGUAUUUUUUGAUUAUUUGAGUCAAUAGUAAUAGGAUUAUAGUUUGUUUAUGGCAAGUGUAAAUUUUUGAGGUGUGUUGUUUGAAAUUUAACAGAAGAAUUGAAACACCCCUAGGGUUUGGGGGAGGAAGUAGAUCAAA